AUGCCAGCUGAUGUCGUUGGCCAGAAGAUAGAUUCUGAAAAUCUAUAUGAUUCUGUUCAUCUCUUGCUAUCUCUACAGAGUGAAAAUGGAGGUGUAACUGCAUGGGAACCUGUCCGUGGACAUGAAUGGUUGGAAGUAAGAGCUAAAACAACACAUAAGGAUGUUCAUUUAUGUUUUCGCGAAGUUGAAAAUUCCUUAAGAAAAAACCUCUCAAGUGUAACCUUUUUUGUAACUCAAUUGCUGAAUCCGACAGAAUUUUUCACUAAUGUAAUGGUGGAGCGUGAGUACGUGGAAUGUACCUCAGCUGUUAUACAAGCUUUAGUUAUCUUCAAACAACUAUAUCCGGAUCACAGGACAAAAGAGAUCACCAAGUCGAUCGAGAAAGCGGCGCAAUUCAUAGAAAGCAAACAAAUGUCAGAUGGUACGGAGACUGGGGGUAUUUGUUUCAUUUAUGGAACAUGGUUUGCUCUUACCGGCCUAGCAGCGAUUGGUAAAACAUACAAUAACUGUCUAUCUAUGCGUAAAGGUGUAGAUUUCCUGCUUACGAUACAGAAUGAAGAUGGAGGUUGGGGCGAAAGUUCUGUCUCAUGCCCUGAACAGAGAUACAUAGCAUUAGAAGGAAAUAGAUCAAACUUAGUGCAAACUGCGUGGGCUAUGAUGGGUCUUAUUCAUGCAGGACAGGCCGAGAGAGAUCUUAUACCUAUUCAUCGUGCUGCGAGAUUUAUCAUCUCUUCGCAACUAGAGAAUGGGGAUUUUCCUCAACAGGAAAUAGUAGGAGCGUUCAUGAAUACUUGCAUGCUACACUAUGCUACAUACAGAAACACCUUCCCAUUAUGGGCACUUGCAGAAUAUCGGAAAGCUGCGUUCGUAACUCACGGUCACGGAGAUGAUCUAUAG